GCUGUCACUUGUCACAACAUAAACAAACCGGUGAAAAAAAAACAUAAACAAAUUUUUUCAAUGUGCAAUUAAACGUACAAAUAAAUAAAAAUUAAUUUUAUUUAAAAAGUGGAAGUAUGUAAAAUUUAAAAAUAAAUAAUGCCAGUAAAAGGUGAUAAGUUAACAAAAGUAGGGAAAGAUUUAUUUGAAUUACAAGUCGAUAACCCAAAUAAAAAAUGCGGGUCACGAAUAAACAUUUUAAAAUUUUGUUUCGACGAAUCUGAAGACCGCGCAGUAGCCAUUGAUUCCAUUGGUAAUUUUUAUUUACUUUCAUUAAUAAAUAAUCAUUGGGUUGUCAAAAAAUUGAGUAACGUCGGGCUGUCAAGUUUUGUUGCCUUCAAUCCAAUUGAAAACUCCGAGGUCAUCAUCGGAUUAGUGUCAGCAGAUUUAAAAGUCAUAAUUUUAGACAAAAUAAUCAACAAAUCAGAAUCAAUUGCCGACUUUUAUUUACUCAAAGGUCAUAAAUUACCCGCGACAUUUAUAACUUUUUAUAAAAAUAAUUUUUUUUCCGUCUCAAAAAGCGAGGGAAUAAUUUGGGAUUUGAAAUCUUUUACGAAACUUCAUCAGUUGCGAUUAGAAUAUGGCGAAGGCGGGAUAAAAAAAGGAUUAUUAUCAUCCACUGGUUUAGUAUCAGUAAUUUAUGAGAAUGAUACCUUGCAAAUUUGGCCGUUUGAAAACUUUGACGCUGAUAAAAAAAUUUUGUUAUCGGACUACGGCUUAAAAAAUGUCAAAGACAUAAUUUUUACUGAAAACUCACGAGCGGCAAUUAUUUGUGGCGGGAAAAACAAAAUAAUAAUUUUAAAUACAAAAACUUGGUCUGUUAUUAAAAGUUUUGAAUUCUCUGAGCAUUUGAGUUGGAUUAAAAAAAUAGAAAUCGUGCCGCUGCCGCUUGACGCCGGGUCGAAUAAAAUAAUAAUCAUUUUAUUCGACGAUGGGAAAUUUAAAUUCUUUGAUAUUCACGCAAAAUCAUUUAUCGAAGUCACUGAUUAUGUAGACCAGGGAGUGCGUAAAAUUACGGUAUCACCCCACGGUCAGUGGAUCGGAUUUAUAAAAUUUGAUGGCUCGUUGAUUAUAAGUUGCUUUGAUCAACUGAUGAAAGUAACCGCCGAAGUUACAAAAAUAAAACCCGAAACAGGAAAAACGAAAGUAAAACGUCGGAGUAUCGAUAAGAAUUCAAAAUGCAUUGAAAAAAAUAUCAGAGAUAAUUUGAGACUCGAUAGACUCUUGCCGAUUUUAAAAGAAUAUGGAGAAUAUCCAGACUGUUAUCGCAGUAUCAUAUGGAGAACUAUAAUGAAUUUGCCGAAUAAUAAAAAAGCAUUUACGGGAUUAAUUAAUAAAGUACCUGGGGACUUAAUCAUACGAUUAGUAGAUGAUCAUAAAUUAGCUGAUACUACAAAGUCGUCUUUGCUCGCAUUAACUUUUAGUAAACUCGUUAAAUUCUGUCCGAUGCUAGCAGAGUCAUCAUUCAUUCCGGAAUUCAUAUUUCCUUUUCUUAUGGUCUUCAAAAAAGAUCAUCUGCUUGCGUACGAAGCAACGCUGACUGUAAUAUUAAAUUAUUGCCAGAAAUGGUUUGAAUAUCAUCCGUUCCCGCCGCUAAAUAUUCUGGGUAUCAUCGAAAAUAUUUUGGCUGAAGUUGAUCCGGUGUUAAUUAAACACUACUAUGAAAAAAAUAUCACGUCGACUGUUUAUGCGUGGCCACUUCUCAGGACGGCUAUGAGCGAAGUUUUGACGGACUGCGAAUGGCUGAUACUUUGGGAUCAUUUAUUGUCGUACAGAAGACCGACUUUAUUGUUAAUGUGUGUUGUUGCUUAUAAUAUUUGUUCUAAGCGUGUUAUUUUAUUGCUUAAUGAUAGAGGGAAUAUUGAAGAAUUUUAUCGACAACCAGGACAAGUUCCUGUUAAAGAUAUUAUUAAAACUGCUUUGAGACUUGAUCGUGAUGUAUCGGAAAGAAAUCAUCCUGCGCAGUAUCUCAAAGAUACAUUUUGUGAAUUACCACCAGAUGGACCGUAUCCAUUAUUUUUAUUCGAAGAAUAUCCGAAAUUUAUUAUUGAAAAUAAAGAAAAAAUGACUGAGUUGAUUAAUUUAAAAGAAGAAGAAAUAAUUUUACGUAAAAAACGACAUGAGAUAUUGGAGAAUAUUGAGAAAAAAAGAUUGGAAGAUGAAAAGGACAAUUUUAUAAAAGAAGUUCAAGAACAGAGACUUCGAGAAUUACAACGAUGUUAUGAUGAGCAACUCCGAGUAUCUGGAGCCUCAGUUGCUAGUGAACGUCUAAAGCUCUAUCGACAAUUGCCAUUGAGCGAAAGUAUAAAUCUCACAGAAAUUAAUUCUGCAAGUGAUGACUUUAAUUCACGAUCGAAAGUUAAAUCUUACGAUAAACUACGAAAUGAUGUAGAGGCACUUGAAGAGGAAGUCGGAGAAUUUUUAAAAACUAUUAAGUGUAAAAGAUGAGAAAGUUAUAUAAUUUUUUAUUUAUUCUUAAGGUAAAUAAAUUAAAUAUAUUUUUCUGUUUUUAAUUAAAUAAUUAAUCAUGUAAGGUAAAACCUCCAUACCCGGUCGCUUUUCAUUGGAGUGAGAUUAAAUCACUCAAUAUAAAUUAAAUGAAAAACCAUUUUUUUUUUUAUAGUUAUUUUUUGAAGUUUCGAGUAUUAGAAUAAAAUUUAAGUUUGAAGAAUAAUGUUGAUAGUUAAUUAUUAUUCAUUUUUUAAAUAAGCUCCUUGAGUGUACCCAUAGUCGCUCACUAAAAGUUGUCAUGUACUAUUACUCGAUCAACACAUGGCCCUAUAGUCACUCAAAAACAAUAUCAAUUAAACUAUGAUAAGUUUAUUGAUUUGGACAAAUAAUUUAUAAAUUAUACUACACGGAAAGAAAAUUAUGGGAAGUUUUGCUAUGCAUUAUGGGACUAGCUCCCAUAAUGGUAUAGGAAUUGUACCUAUACUAUUAUAGUGAUGGUUCCCACAAUAUAUGGGAAUAGUUCCCAUAAUAGUAU